AUGGCAAAUGUUUCACCUUCAACGAAAAAUCCUAUGGGAAAGCCAAUUUCAUCAGGUCAAUGCAUCAUGAUUGUAAAUUCAUACAAGAUGGAAUUAAGAAAAAAUCCUAAUAUAACUGUUCGGGAAGCUAGGAUUUAUAUAUCGAAACAACUUGGCAUCGGACAACGAACAGUUUCAAAUGUCAUCAGCGAAUAUAAUACUAACAAAACUGUCACCUCUCCGUGCAAAACUCGCAUAAGAACAUCAUUCAAAGAUAAGUUUGACGAUUUACAGAUGAACACAGUACGUUUUCAUGUUCAUUCAUUCUGGUUUAAUAAAACUAUACCCACAUUGGACAAAAUACUACAAAUUAUUAAAGACGACGACACUUUGCCAGAUAUUUCCAGAAUGAAUUUACAUCGUCUGUUGAAAUCCAUGGACUUCGUUUACACAAAACGCAGUCGCAAUAGUGCCCUUAUAGAAAAGGAUGAAAUUGUUUUGUGGCGUAGACGGUAUUUACAAAAUAUUUGUAAAUAUCGUGAAGAAGGGCGGCAUUUAUACUAUCUUGACGAAACCUGGGUCAACGCAGGCGACUGUACCAGCAAAACGUGGGUAGACAAAACAAUUAAAUCGCCUCGUGAUGCAUUUUUUCAAGGUCUCUCGACGGGGUCUCAGAACCCAUCUGGCAAAGGUAAGAGGCUAAUUGUUCUCCACAUUGGGUCUGAAGAUGGGUUUGUGCCAGGUGGCCUAUUAUGUUUUGAGUAA